CUUGAUGCCCACGGGGACCUGCUGGGCUGUUGAUAAUAUACCGGGCUUUAUCUGAUUUUUUUUUCUGUCUCCUUUACAUUCUGUGUAAAUAAUUUCACACUGGACUCCCUCCCAUUCCGUUUCAAAGGGUCCAGCGGUGCCAAUCCGGCGCCCACCCAAACGAUGCAUUCUCACCGUUCCACCACCAAAACUUCCCACAAGCCAUUCAAGACCAAGCAUGCGUCUAAGGGUGCGCUGAAGGAGAAGGCAAAGGGCAAAGUUGAACGAGGCGAGCGGGGCACGCGAAAGACCCCUCAUCAACAACUCAUGUCGAAGCUCGAUCGGAGGAAUCAAGCCCGCCAAAAGCAGCAGGUUAAGCACCAGGAGAAGGCUCAACAAACCAGCAUCUUCGCUGGUCAGACCGGCGCCCCCCGCCAUGUCGCCGUUGUGCCACUGUCGGUUGAUGUCGAUGUUACCGCUAUCAUACGCUCUCUGAACGAAAGUGUGGACGUUUCCAGCGAGAUUAUCCCUGACACCAUCCCCCGCGUGCGCAUAGAUCGCUUCCGACAGAGCUUGCAAUAUAUCCCCGCGAAGUAUGACUUGAUGAAUGCUUUGGAUGUGUGCCGUAUGGCGGACUUCGUGAUCGUGGCGCUUUCGUCGGAAGUCGAGGUGCAGGAGCAGGGUGAACUCAUCCUGCGGUCGAUUGAGAGCCAGGGUAUUUCCAAUGUUCUUGCGGUUGUUCAGGGCCUUGAUAAGAUCAACCCUGCAAAGAAACGCCCACAGGUCGCCUCUUCCCUGAAGUCGUUCAUCAACCACUUCUUCCCCGCAGUGGAGAAGGUCCUAUCUGUGGAUUCCAGACAAGAAUGCUCUAACGCCAUCCGUUCACUUUGUACUGCUACACCCAAGGGUAUCCGCUGGCGCGAUGAGCGAAGUUGGAUGCUCAUCGAAAAUGUCGCCUGGCCCGAGACCAACUCAGAUGUGGUGGACGAUGUUGUCCUGACUGGUACUGUGCGCGGAAGGGGCCUGAAGGCGGACCGUUUAGUCCAUAUUCCCGGCUGGGGUGAUUUCCAGAUCGACUCUAUCACAGCAGCACCACUGCCAACAGCACGGGCCAAACGUGACGAUGCCAUGAAUGUCGACGACAACGAAUCUUCCCAAGUUUUGGAUGCACCCACUGCGGACCUUGAUGAUUUGGCUACUGUCGCGCCGGAGGAGAUUGAAAUGGAGGAUGACAUUUUAAUUCCAGAUGAGGAACGGAAGGGUGUCCUGCUCGAUGAACAUCAUUAUUUCUCAGAUGACAACUCCCAUAUUCCUGCCAAACCCAAGCGGCUACCGAGGGGGACAUCAGAUUAUCAAUCCGCAUGGUUCUUGGACGACCUUUCUGAUUCCGGAUCUGAUAUUACCGAUGGAGAGGAUGAGGAGAUGGAGAUGGACACGACAGGAGCGCCUGAAGACGGUGUCUUUCCAGAUAACCACGAUGCAAUGACCGAAGCCGGAGCUACCGAGUACCCUCAGUCAGAGAUGUUCGUUGACCCAUCGCCCGAAGACGAGGCCAGAGAGCUCGAGGAAUACAGAGCGAGCCGCAAGAAGGAAGCCAAGGAAGAUCUGGAAUUCCCCGACGAAAUCGAACUUCACCCUAACGUUCUCGCUCGAGAGCGCUUGGCACGCUUCAGAGGCCUGAAGAACUUCAAGACUAGUCCUUGGGAGACAAAGGAAGACCGCCCUCACGAGCCCGAAGACUGGCGCCGACUGCUUCAGAUCAUUGAUUACAAGGGCUCCAAGAACAGGACUGUCAGAGAAGCUCUUAUCGGUGGUGUCAACCCUGGUAUCCGUGUGGACGUUCAUCUUCGCGCGGUAUCAGCCUCUCUUCGCAACAAGCCACAGCCUCUGUCCUUGUUCUCUUUGCUCCGCCACGAACACAAGCACACCGUCGUCAAUGUGAACAUGACUCUGAACUCGAGCAUUGAGGAGCCAUUGAAGUCCAAGGAAGAACUCAUUGUUCAGUGCGGACCCCGCCGUCUCGUCGUCAACCCUAUCUUCUCCUCAAACGGCAACACACCAAACAACGUGCACAAGUUUGACCGUUACCUCCACCCCGGCCGCAGUGCCAUCGCAACCUGGAUCGGCCCUCUUACCUGGGGGGCAGUCCCUGUUCUUGUUUUCAAGAACAAGUCCGUUCAGGACCCCGAGGUCCUUGAUGGCGACAACCAACCAGACGUCGAGCAGCUGGAUCUGAUCGCAACCGGCACAGUCGUGGCCCCCGAUCGGUCCCGCGUUGUUGCCAAGCGCGCAAUUCUCACAGGUCACCCUUACAAGAUCCACAAGAGGGUGGUCACAGUACGGUACAUGUUCUUCAACGCGGAGGACAUUCAGUGGUUCAAGGCGCUCCAGCUGUGGACCAGGAGGGGCCGCAGCGGUUUCAUCAAGGAGAGUCUGGGUACCCACGGUUACUUCAAGGCCACCUUCGAUGCCAAGAUCAACCCUCAAGAUUCCAUUGGCAUCAGCUUGUACAAGCGAGUCUUCCCCCGGAAGGCCCGGGCUUUGGAAGAAGUUCUUGCUUGAAGGUCUUGUGUUUUUGCCGCUAGGGGACUGGAAUUGAUAGGGGCGGUUCGAAGAUGAAAGAUGAUAUGAUACCACAAAGUCGGUUGCAUGAAUUGACGAACCUUGCUCUUGAAAGUGAGACUUUCAGGGGUAUUAAAAGCAUUAGGAUUAUAUAUAGAUUUCAAUAAGUAGAUCAGGUCAGGCUGUAAUGAGUUACG